AGAUCUGUAGUCCUUCAUCUGUAGUCCUUCAUUUGUAGUCCUGCUGUCUACCAGAGACCGACUGAAGAGUAAACUACCAAACGGGGACAGGCGAGUUAGCUAAUCAGGUGCUAAGUCAGCCUACUUUGCAAACAAGUAACAUUGUACCUUAUUCUCGAUAGGUAACGUUAUAAUGGUUGUAACUCAGACGCUGGACAAAGCGAAAUGGUUAGCAACAGUUAAAUGAAGUAGCAGGUCGUUGUUUGGGGUUGUUUUUUAAUUAGCUAGCUAACACGGAAGGCAUCCCCCCAAGAGUGAUCAAUGGUUAGCCAAACGCACCGGACAUAAUACUCUGUUUCAAAGGAGGUUUGUUGCUGAGCAAAGGAUGUCUAAACGCAUACGAAACACUGAGCUCUGCGCUGAUUGCAGUGUUCCAGAGCCUCGCUGGGCCUCGGUGAACAGAGGGGUGUUCAUUUGUGACGAGUGCUGCAGCGUUCAUCGGAGUCUCGGAAGACACAGCUCGCAAGUCCGCCACCUGAUACACACACCAUGGCCUUCUACACAGCUACAGAUGGUUCAGACAUUAUACGGCAAUGGUGCCAAUUCAAUAUGGGAGCACUCUCUUCUGGACCCGGCCUCUGUGAUGAGUGGAAAACGCAAGGCCAACCCUCAGGACAAACUGCACCCAAACAAAUCCGAGUUUAUAAGAGCCAAAUAUCAAAUGCUGGCAUUUGUUCAUCGCAUGCCUUGCCGGGAGGACGACAGCUCCACAGCCAAGGAUUUAAGCAAGCAACUUCACUCAAGUGUACGCACCGGGAAUCUGGAGACUUGUUUGCGGUUGCUAUCCCUGGGAGCACAAGCUAACUUCUUUCACCCGGAGAAAGGGAACACUCCCUUGCAUGUCGCUGCAAAAGCAGGACAAGUAUCUCAGGCUGAACUGUUAACUGUUUACGGAGCAGACCCCGGAGCCCCCGACAGCAAUGGCAAAACUCCCAUUGACUAUGCAAGGGAAGCUGGCCACCAUGAGCUGGCAGACAGACUGGUGGAGAUUCAGUAUGAACUAACUGAUCGGCUGGCCUUCUACCUGUGUGGGAGAAAGCCAGAUCAUAAAAACAGCCAGCACUUCAUUGUUCCACAAAUGGCUGACAGGAACAUCAGUUUAGAUUUGUCAGAGCUGGCCAAGGCGGCAAAGAAGAAACUGCAGUCUCUGAGUAAUCAUUUAUUUGAAGAGCUGGCCAUGGAUGUUUACGAUGAGGUGGACAGACGAGAGACUGAUGCAGUGUGGUUAGCAACACAGAAUCACAGCACUCUGGUGACAGAGACGACUGUGGUGCCUUUUCUUCCUGUGAAUCCAGAGUAUUCAUCAACACGAAAUCAGGGACGACAAAAGCUUGCAAGAUUCAAUGCACAUGAAUUUGCAACUCUUGUCAUUGACAUAUUAAGUGAUGCUAAGCGCAGACAACAAGGGAGUUCGAUAGCUAGCCCCAAAGAUAAUGUUGAAUUCAUCCUGAAGAACGUGGCAGUCAGGCACUGCAGUGACAGCCAGGACAACGACCAGCCUGACUACGACAGCGUGGCGUCGGACGAGGACACAGACCAGGAUUCCCCCACCAACAAAGGAGAUAGGACCAAGAGCCUGGAUUCUGACCUCUCCGACAGCCCCAUCACUGUGCAUGAAUACAUGGAGGUGAAACACGCGCUCUCUGCCUCUGAGGCCAAGAUCCAGAACCUCAUGAAAGCCAACAACAACCUGAGCGAUGAGCUGAGGCUGAUGCAGAAAAAGCUGCAAUCUCUGCAAAGCGAGAACAUCUCUCUCAGGCGGCACGGCCCAGCCAAUAUCUAUCAGACCCCCAGCGCCUCCCCCAGCCCCUCCAGCCCCUCGGCCCUGAAGCGCCGACAGUCUGCGCGGGCCAGCCGCCCCAUGUCUAUGUAUGAGACCGGCUCAGGCCUGAAGCCCUAUCUCCCUAAAGGAGAGAGCCACUACCCAGAGGAGUGUGUCCCCACCCUGCAACCCUUCCCACCUCAUACGGAAAGGGGCGCUUUUGUGACCACCUCUUCAUCCCUCCCCUCAUUUCCAUCCACCCUGUCUUGGUCGAAGGACGAGAGUGCUCAAAAGGCCUCGAAUUUAGAGAAGCAAAUCAGCAUGCCGGAAAGUGACUAUGACAACACAUUCAAUGACUCUGAGAUGGAUGAUUCGGGGUACUGCAGGAGAGGCAGGCUGAGGAGCUGGCUGGGGGAGGGCAGCUCCAUCCCUGAGCUGGACGAUGUGAUGAUGGAGGCAGACCCCACGCUGCCCAGCACUGAGGACGUCAUCCGCAAAACAGAGCAGAUCACCAAGAAUAUCCAAGAGCUGCUGAGAGCUGCUCAGGAAAACAAACACGACAGACCCUCUGAGCGGGAAGGUGUGCGUCGGCUCAGGCACAGCCUGGGAUGUUUCAGCACUCUGGUGCCCUGGGCCGAGAAGGCCCCGCCCCCCCUUCAGCCGCUCAGCCUGCGGUCCCCUGACCCCUCAUCCUGCUUCAUACCCUGUUCAGAAAGAAUACAUGUGGCUGUGAAAGAAAUGGCUGCCCUCUUCCCAAAGAAGCCGCGCUCGGAGACCGUUCGAGGCUCUCUGCGCUUGUUGACCUCCAGUGCGUUCCGGCUUCAGGGCGAGUGCAGGAAGGCGCUGCCGUCGGAGGGCUGCGCGGCGCCGGACAUGCAGCUGGUCACCCAGCAGGUCAUCCAAUGUGCUUAUGACAUUGCCAAGGCCGCCAAGCAGCUUGUGACCAUCACCACAAAGGAGAAUACCAACUAGCAGCACUUACAGGGCUGCAAGCAUCUCAGUUUCCUCAUUUUUUUUAAUGAUUCUUUUGGUUUUUUGUAUUUGUGGUAUAUGCAUGCAUUGUUUUUUAAUUUAUGAAUACAUAUUUAAAGCAAACUAUGAACAAAAUCUGAGUGUAAAAGGGAGAACAACUUUAUUUAGGCAUCCUCAGCUGUUAUAAUAGCACAAUUUAUCUUGAGGUGAAACAACAACUUCCACAAAUCAUGUUAAAUCAAGCAGCAGCUAGCAGGUCUGGGACUGUUAUGGUUUAAAGAUUACAAUUUGAGUAAACUCGCCCAUACUUACAAGUAACCUUAAAUCAGCUUUUUGAUUGAGAGAACAAAUGAAGCACAGCAUAGUAGAUCCGGAUUUUGACAUUGGUUCAUGUUAACAGCCCAGAGCAAGACAUGAUGCUGAAAGCCUUAAAUGAGUCUGCUGUCGUUGAAUGCUAUUGCUAACACCCUGUAGCUAAAGGAGCGUCAGUCACUAACUGCAAUGUGCAAGAAUCAUCAUACUGUCUAAUCUCCUAAAAGAAAUGGACCAUUACACGUUGGAAACUUCAUUAAUGCACACUUUGGGGCUCUGCAAUGCUCUUGUUUGUUGCAAUGAAAAAGCUUUUUAUGUUGUUUGUACCCUUUCCAAGAAAAAUCCAGUCUGCAGUGCACUUACAUUUAUCCGUGCCCAUUUGUCUAAUCAGUAAAUGCAGAAAAAGCGCUUGUUCAGGGGCUAAGCUGUAUGCUUCACCAGCACGCUGAUGUAUUUUGUUCAAACUAUCCGGUGUGUCUUCACGCUGCACUGUAUUGUGCGAUCUUGUGUGCCAUUGCAGUGUUGGUGAUGUGACAAUAUAUUUAGAGCUAAUACUGUAUGUAUGUCCAUGUGUUUGGUGCUCUGUUACCAUGCUGCUUGUUUUGUAUUUAAUGUGCGUCAUAUGGGAUAGAAGUCUAGAUGUCUCCUGUAUAAUUGUGAAACCUCACAUUCAUCCUCACAAAGUGUUUCAGAGUUCAUCGUGGUUUGGACAUCUGAUCAAGUAAUGUCCCUCUCUGUACCUGACAGAGUGCAGGGAUGAUGUGAUGCAGCUGUUAAGUUGCACUUGGGAAAAAUAAUUAUUUUCUAAAUAAACUUAAUUUAUAAAUAUAUCAAA